UUUUAAAGCAAUACUUACUACCACGAAUAACACCAAUAUAUCACCACUACGCAAAUCUUCUUCGUGAGAGUCCUAAAGCAUUGGAUAUGAAGCCAUUCAUCAAACAUGAUGUAGAGGCAAUUCUUAGAACAGCAUGCUGGUUUGGACUUCGUGACUGUUUAAACCUAGCUUCUGAAUUCUUCAACGAGUGGAUGAACAAUUCCAAACAUGAGGUUCCUGUUUGUUUUAGCUCAACUAUUUGUUGCUAUGGCAUUUGGAUGGGGAAUGAGGAAGAAUGGGAAUUUUUAUGGAAAAUUUUUAAAAAGAAUGAGACUGAAGAUGCAUACAAAUCCAAUAUAUUCUUUGCCUUGAGCUGCACUCGCAUGCCGUGGUUACUUCAGAGAUACUUGCAUUAUAUCCACAAUGAUGAGACGAAUCUACCAAUUAUUACAGCCGAAGCAAUUCAGAAUGUGGUCAAGAAUGAGAUUGGAUAUUUGACAGCAUGGACAUUUGUAUCAGAAAAUUGGUCAGAUCUGCCCAUUAGGUUCACACUGAAUGUUCUUAUGACCACUAUCACUACUGACAUUCAAAUGCAAAUGAUACAGGUUUUGCUUAAUAAUACCCUUGAACCUGAAGAAAAGGUAGUGGCUACAGACAUAAUGCUGAAAGAAAAAUCUGAAAAUGAAAAAAGAAAAAAAUCAAUGACCAAAACGAUCAUGUGGUUAAAGGAAAAUAUGGACAAUUGACAGUUGAGAAAUUUCUUUUUUAAAAAAGGAUAUAUUCAUAGCAAUUAAAAUUUCCUGGGUUAUUUUGGGUAUACAUAAAAUUGUUUUCCUGUGCAAGCAAUAAAAUAUCAUUCAGUGGAAAGCAAAGUACUGGUAUUAAAUAAAUAAUGUUUUCUCCCAGGAGUACAAAAUUUCUACAAAAACAUUUGCAUAUUUUGUGGAAUUCUUCCUCUGUAAGAAUGCACUUCCAAAUGCUAUGUAAAAGGAACUUCAAGGAAUAUUAUAUAUUAAGGAGAUUGAACAAAGGAAAUUUUUUAUGUUUGAAAUGAACUGGAAGCUAGAUGACUCUUUUGUUAUCUGAUGUGCCUUAGGAAACGGGACUCAAACACUUUCAGAACUAUAGCUUUUUUAUUUUUUAAAUGAAAAUGAUGACAAUAAAAUAUAAACAUUUCAUUAUAAGAGUAUAUCACCUGAAAAUGUUUUUCUCUGUAGUGAGCUAUAAAAAGUAUAUGUUUUUAUAUUAAUAUAUAUAUUAAAUAUUUUUCGAAAGUAAACUAUUGUAUAUGCAAACACUGUUUUUGCCAAUUUUCUAAAAGUUUUAGUUUUGGAGCUUAAGCUUUGUUGAUUUCAGUAAAAGAGUCAAAGAACAAAGAAAGGACUCUAGUGAAGGUAUGCAACAAGAUGUUUAAAUGAAGACAGUAAUACCUCCCACAGUGCAUAAACCACAGCAUUUUCUCUUCCCGAAUUCUCUUGUUACUGUUCUAGUGGGACUAAGGGCAGGACAUCCUCCAUAAUCACAGUGAAAAACUGAAUGGAAGGGAUAAAAAUGGAAAUGGAGUGGCCUGAAAGAAUCUGGCUGACUCUGUUCAUAUGAGCGGUCCACAUUUACUUAUUUGCUAUUGUGGUCUUAAAUUCUCUUGCUGUACUGGUCACCUAAUCCAGGGAAAGUAUUACAAGCUAGAGAUAAAAAAAGAUACCUUGAGCAUUGAUUUUGCUACUCAUUCUUUCAGUAAUUGGGAAAGUUGUUUUUUUUCUUUCUCUCUGAUGAAAUCUUGUCAAGAGAGAUCUGUCAGAAAUAAUCAGUCAACAUCAUUAGAUCAUUGGAAUGUAUGUCAUGUUGCCCAGAGGAAAUUUAUGUACUUUGUGCCUAAUUUUGAGUUUUCAGAUCAUAAAAUAUAUGGAUGGUAUUUUGAACCAACUUCUUUUUUAAGCUUUGCCUGCUUUAGAUGUCUGGAUUUUUUUUAAUUGGCCAAUUUAUAUAUAAUGGCAAUUU